AUGGGAAAGAACCACCGUCAUCAUAAUACAAGAAGCAAGUUAGCAAAGGAGGAGUAUAAACAAAGGAAGAAAGUAGAAGCGCAUGCCGCUCUACAGAAAAAUUUGAUCGGUCUGAAUGACACAACAAAUACGACUGAAACCUCCAUUCGAUGGCAGCGCGUAAAAUAUGAAGAACUCAAUCUGUAUCCCAACAUUCCACUCGAUAAUGACGAAAACCCUACUCGCAAACCAACUCCAGCGGAGGUUUUGGCUGCUUGCAAGACUGUCAACAAGAACUUCUUCCUCCUGAACAGUGGCCGAUGUGUGAUUGAGGAUCCUGAUAAUCCAAAUGAGAUCAUUUGUAUUAUCGAGUUUACCUCUUGGGACGACUUAACCAAUAUAGAUAAGGAAGAGUUGAACUUCUUGUCAACUUUUCUUCACGACUCUCAAGCUUUCAUUCGUCCUGUCGCUUCUUCAAACCGGUCCUGGGGUGGAAAAAUGUGGGUGAUUGGGUGGCAAAAGUCACAGGACUUUAUGCAGAUUGUUGGACGGUAUAUCAAAGCAUUUCUCCCGGACGAUAUGGAAAAGUACGAUACUCACUUCUCCAAGUCAUCUUGA